AUGAAUCCUAACUUUCCAAACGACUUUGACUCUGACAGUCUUAAAAGCGAUCUGUCUAAUUCAUCAUCGAAAAAUGAUGAUAAAUCAGAUUCUUCUGUGUUGGACGACGAUAGCUUUAACAUUCAGGAACUGAAUGUUGACACUGCUACUGAGAAUUCUGCAAUGUCUUCUGAGUCUUGGGAAAAUUUUAUAUCCCAAAUAGAAUUCCAGGAUCAACCAAAUUCUGAUUACAUUGUUUUACCAAACAUAUUGGAGUUUAAUAACACAAGUAAUUUAUUCUCACCAUUUCUUAAUGAAAGUGAUAGUUCUCUAUCAUCUUUUGGAGAGUGUAAUUUUUACUUGAAUGGGACAGAAUCAUUAGAUGACGAUAACAUCGAUGAUACUCUAACUGUCUUGGAAGGAAAGAUGAAUACAGUGAUGGAUUCGUGUGAAAUUGUUUCAACUAAAGCUACUCAUCUGCCUCAAAAGAAUGAGGUCAGAAUUAAUACCAGAAGUGAAAGAAAGCCGCAUCCACUUCCGAAGAUGCUUGAUUUCAGAUAUUUUAAUUAUCUAUCGGUUCAACAUUUCUUUGUUGAUGGUCACCAGCCUUUAGGAGAAUAUAACUACGAGCCAAGUAAAGUAAUAAGAUCCCCUUAUUACUCUCCCAGAGUCUAUAGAUAUAAGAAAUCUGAUGAGAUUCUAAAGCAAUCAACUCCAAAGGGGAUUGUGGCUAGGGAGGGAUUGUGUCCAUUCUGUGUUUCACACGAUACUGAUCUCUUAUUUCAUGACAUUAAUUCUUCAAGAUAUUCGUCUCAUUUGUUGACAUAUCAUGGAGUUUUUACAACCGGAACUGGAAUUCUUGACCCAUUAAAUCAUUCUUAUGGGUGGGAAAUCAAAAAACACGGAAAAUGCUGUGAAGUUGAAUGCGUGACAUGUCCUUAUCCUAAUUGUGGUGUUGUCGUUAAAGUUGGAAAAUAUAAGGAAGGAACUGCAUCGCAACAGCGAUUCUCAACUUACAUCAGACAUGUUGCUGACUGCCAUAAAGACCACAAAAAUUCAAUAAAAAAAAGAAGAUCGUCGUAUUAA